AUGGCAACCAAGCUUCUCACCGUGCUUGCUAUAACCUCUGGGGUCAUUUCUGCUCCUGCCGCCUUGGGGAAAUUUGAAAAUCUCGUUGUUUUUGGCGACAGCUACUCGGACGAAGCCCGCUAUGCCUACAUCAAGCAGAAUGGAAAGCUGCCCCCAGCCGGCCAGAUGCUCCCCGAAGCCGAUAGUCCCUUCAGCGACGGCCGUAUAUGGGCGCGAUUGGUCGCCAAAGACACCGGAGCCACGCUCUACGACUAUGCCGUCGGGGGCGCCAUGUGUACACACACCAACUUCGACCAACGUACAUUCAACGGAAUCGCCAACAUCCCAUACCCUGCUGUGUUGGACUACGAAUUACCUCUAUUUGACACGGACAAGAAACUCGGCCUGUACAAAAACCUGAACCCGGACAACACCGUUUACACGCUUUGGAUCGGCACAAACGACCUCGGCAAAGAUGGCAUCGUCGGAGCCAAGGCUGGCAUGCACCAUAAUGUGGACGCAUCCAGUACAGUUGACAGCUAUCUGACCUGUGUCUGGGCCGCCCUCGACAAAAUGUACAGUCAAGGCGCUAGAAACAUUGUCCUGUUCAAGCUGGCGCCCCUCGAGAAGGCGCCUUUGUACGCCGUCGACUACCCGGAUCUAAAGGAUAGUCUGAGCGCCGACGUCCAGAAUGUUAAUGCAAAAUACGACCAAGUUGUCGCGGAGACCAAGUCACAGCGGUGGGCAGAAGCAACUAUUACCAUCUUCGAUUCCUACAAGUUCUUUUCGGAUGUCAUCGCAUCGCCUAGCAUUUUUCAGUUUACCGAGGUGUCCAAGCCGUACAAGACCUGCGUCAGUGAGAAUAACUGCCAAACGGCGAGCGGACCCCAGUCGAGCUACUUGUGGAAUGACGCCCUCCAUCUUUCACCCGCCGCGGAACAGCUCAUCUCCCAGGAGUUCCAGCGCGCUGUAAAGGGUGCCUCGAGCUAUGCCAAGAAUUAUUAA